CCGACUUCCUACGAAACCGACCCAGACCACCUCGGCACCGUCUACUGCAAAACACCAUAUAACCCCUCCUCGCCUCUCGUUCAGUAUGCGCUUAUGAUAGACGCCGGUUCCACGGGCUCACGCAUUCACGUCUAUAAAUUCCACAACUGUGGACCCUCGCCAGCAUACGAGUAUGAGGUAUUCAAAAUGAUUAAGGGCGGCCUCUCGUCAUACAAAGGUCGUCCAGAAGAGGCGGCGAAGAGCUUGGACGUCUUGCUCGACACGGCGAUGCAGACUGUGCCUGAAAGUUUGAGGAAAUGUACGCCGGUGCAGGUGAAGGCAACCGCUGGACUUCGGCUGCUUGGGGCGGCGGAUAGCGCGGAUAUUUUGGCAGCAGUAAGACGCAGAUUGCGGGAAGAGUAUCCAUUCCCGAUUGCGGACGAAGAUGAUCAGGGAGUGAUGAUCAUGGACGGCAAAGACGAGGGCGUCUAUGCUUGGAUCACGGCGAACUACCUCCUGGACACUAUCCGUGCCGAUUCUCCCGUUGGCGCUCCGACCUACGCUGUCCUUGAUCUUGGAGGUGCGAGUACGCAGAUCGUGUUCCAGCCUAUCUUCAAGCAGGACGAUGCCGUCGGGCUCGCGGACGGAGACCACAAAUACGAGCUCAAAUUCGGAGGGAAGAAACAUGUCCUAUACCAGCACUCGUAUCUCGGAUAUGGCCUCAUGAGAGCUAGGGAGAGCGUCCACCGUCUUGUAGAGUUCAUGGCCUCUAUUAGGACCAACAAGGGCGGCAGGGAAGAGAUCGGGAAUCCUUGUUUGGCGAGGGGUACUAAGAGGACGGUUGGACUUUCAGGAGAUGAGGUGAGCAGGCCGAGAAAUGUCACCAUGGUCGGCGAGGAUGUCGGUGGCUUCGAGGCUUGUAACCGCAUUGUACAGCUUGUCAUGGCGAAGGAUGCUAUCUGCGAGACCAAACCUUGCUCUUUUGACGGCGUCUACCAACCCUCUAUCCUUGAUACCUUCCCUCAAGGCAAAAUCCUCCUCCUCUCCUACUUCUAUGACCGUCUCCAACCCCUCCUCCCUCCCACCAUCCCCGGUUCCACACAAUCCCAAGACCCAAUCACCGUCUCCUCGCUUGCCUCCCUCGCACAGACUGUCUGUCUGGGUCCAUCGGAAUGGAAUAAGGCAUUUGCUGGUAAUCCGACGGCUUUGGAGGAAUUGGAAGGAAGGCCGGAGCAUUGUCUGGAUUUGACGUUCAUGCAUGCGCUGUUGAGGCUGGGGUAUGAGUUUGGCGACGAGAGGACGGUGGAGAUUGGAAAGCAGAUCGAUGGGACGGAGUUGGGGUGGUGUCUUGGCGCGGCGAUCGCUAUGGUUGGAGGAGACUUGAGGUGCAAGGCUUAG